ACGAGGGGAGGAGGAAGGAGGGAACCGUGUCGGUGGGAUGGUCCGGAAAUCCUGUGAUAAAAAGAGGGGCGCGGGGGAAAAGUAGGGAGGAUUGUACUCGUUCCCUCCUACCUUGCGCCUGCCCCGGGAGCCCUCGGACGCACGGGCGCCGGCAGCAGCCUCUAGGAGACGAGAGAAGCCGCCGCAGGCACCUGCCGCUAGCAGAGCUCAGCGCGGUACGGCACAGCACCCGCCGCCGGGCGAGAUACACCAUUCCUCUUUCGAUUGUGCCUCUUUGCAGGCUGCCCUCCAAGGAUUCCUGGUCUCUGUGCAUGUGAGGUGUGAAGGUGGGCAGCACCCCUAAGUCAUCACCAUGGAUUUUGUUAUGAAACAAGCUCUAGGAGGGGCUACCAAAGACAUGGGGAAGAUGCUGGGUGGGGAUGAGGAGAAAGACCCAGAUGCUGCCAAGAAAGAAGAGGAGCGACAGGAAGCACUUCGGCAAGCAGAGGAAGAGAGAAAAGCCAAAUACGCCAAAAUGGAGGCUGAGAGAGAAGUUAUGAGACAAGGGAUUCGAGACAAGUAUGGGAUAAAGAAGAAAGAAGAGAAGGAGGCAGAGGCCCAGGCCACACUGGAAGCUAAUGCUGAAGGGAGCCUGACACGCCCAAAGAAGGCAAUCCCUCCUGGCUGUGGGGAUGAGGAGGAGGAGGAAGAUGAGAGCAUUCUAAACACAGUCAUCAAAUAUCUACCGGGGCCCCUGCAGGACAUGUUCAAGAAGUAACAGUGGCAGACUGUUAGAUGGGCAUACACAGUACUGCAAAGGAUUUCUCUUUUGCCCAAUGGGGAUUUACAGUCUUGCCAUCCAUCAUGCAGGCUCCACCACUUCUGCCCUCUACCGCUCCCUUUGCUUCCCAUUCCUUUCCGACUGCCUCUUUCCCUUCCCCUCCCUUCCUCUGCAAGACUCAUCCAUUCCUUUUUUUGUACAUAGUCACACCCAGUAGACGCCUCUGAAUGGAUGUAAAGAUUUAAAAAGCUGCAGACUACACAACUUUUAUUAUAAGCCAUAGUACUAUGUAUGUUAAAUAAGGCAACUGUGCAUUAAGGAUAGAAAAGGAACAGCCUCAUGUGCAUUCCUGUCCUAAGCAGGAGUGCUCAAAAAGUGUGGACAAUGGCCUCUUUAACUUUCUUUAUUUCUCUUUCUGUUAUUUUUUAGAGAUAAUUACUAGUCAUUGUUUUUAACAUUCCUGUUGAUUGGUUCACACUGCCCAUUUCUUGUUGAGCACAUCUGUCCUUGCCAGGAAUAUCUCUGGUUUUCCCUGGAAGAAGAACUUUCCAGUUUCAGUUCCAUCACUGGCAUAAGUAAGAGAUCUUUUGGAAGACAAAUAAUGCAUGAGUUACACAGCUGACCACUCAGGACUGUGGAAGAAGUGAGUCAUCUUCCCUUAGAUAUACUUGUAGAAGUAUAUAUGCCUCAGAAUCUGAGCAAGAGUCAUGUUACUUUGGGAACGAGCCAUAAACUUAACUGAAGGAGCACAUUUGACUACAGAGUUGCUAUACAGAGAACUGAAAUCACAGGAAAGUGCAUGAUGCUCUGAGAGAGGACCUCCCCAACCACUUAGAAGGCAAUGACCAAGUACACAGACCGCUCUGAUUAGCUAAUCUUCAUCUUUCUGCCCAGUACCAUAUUCAUCUGUCCCACUCCCAGCAGUGCUUGCAGAAUGGACUUUCCAUUUGUUUUUGCAGCUGUGUCCUGCCCCCUCCCCACUUCUUGAAGUCAGUGAUGUGUCCUAAGUGUUAUCCAUGGUCCUGGAAAGAUCCAGAUUAAGCUUGUGAACUCUGUGCCUUUUAGCAGCAUCCCUCAUAACAGCAAAAAACAUUGUGGCAGAGAAGAAACUAACUUUGCUUUCUUCACCCAGUUCUUAUUCAGGUGUAAUAGUCCUUGCUUCUUCACAAAUAACUUCAAUCAUAAGUUCCUACUAGAUGUGAGGUGAAGUCUGAGGAGGUUUGACUGAUCUACAAGUCAGAACCAGCUGCUGAAGAUGCAACUUACUUCAGUCUAAAUCCACAAAUGAGACACAUUGAAGUGUAGGCUGCCAAGAGCUUCCCAGAGGAGAAAGAAGGCAGGUUUUACUCUUUGGCAUAAUGUCAGUGAUUUUUUUUUCAGGCCUAACUUUUGUUUAAAGUAAGAUGUGUGUUUUCCCCAUUGAGACUUUAAUGACCCAGAGCACUCUUUAUCUCUGCAGCAGUGCUUUGGUAUAGGAUAGCAAUAUUGAGCAAUUCACCAUUUUCUAGGGAGAGCAUCUUACUCACCCCAUGCAAAUUCAGCAGCUAGUGAUCUGAGUCUAUUUAAGCAAGCCCCAGAGAACUGAAAAUUCUCCACCACAAAAGCAGGAGCUCUUUUUGAUGUGCUGCUGCCCGGGAGGGAACUAAAUCCAACACUCCUGGAAAUUAGAAGGUGUAAGCUGCCUCUUUGCCCCAGCCACUCAUUGGUAUCCAGAUAUUUUGUCCCAGAUCAUCCUGACACACUGACAUCAAUACUUUUGAAAUCUUGUGAGUAAUCUCUGCGGUCUGUGUCCUCUAACACGUUAAGAAGAACCCACAGAAACACAUCCCUGCUGAAACACAUCUGCUCAUGACUCCUCCCCUGGCCUUGCACUGAAGAACUCUGGAAAGAAAGAGAGAAAGAGAGAAAGAAAAAGAAAGAGAGAAAGAGAGAAAGAGAGAAAGAAAGAAAGAAAGAAAGAAAGAAAGAAAGAAAGAAAGAAAGAAAGAAAGAAAGAAAGAAAGAAAGAAAGAAAGAAAGAAAGAAAGAAAGAAAAAGAAAGAAAGAAAGAGAGAAAGAAAGAGAGAAAGAAAGAAGGAGAGAAAGAAAGAAGGAGAGAAAGAAAGAGAGAAAGAAAGAGAGAAAGAGAGAAAGAAAGAGAGAAAGAAAGAGAGAAAGAAAGGAAGGAAGGAAGGAAGGAAGGAAGGAAGGAAGGAAGGAAGGAAGGAAGGAAGGAAGGAAGGAAGGAAGGAAGGAAGGAAGGAAGGAAGGAAGGAAGGGCGAGCUCCUUUUGCUUUGCUUAGCACUUGGUUAUUGACCAUAGGAGCACCUCUCCUAUGCAGGGAGACUGAGGGAGAUGGGGCUGUUCAGUCUGGAGAGGAGAAGGCUCUGAGGUGACCUUAUUGUGACCUAUCAGUAUCUGAAGGGGGCCUACAAGAAAGCUGGGGAGGGACAUUUUAAGAUAUCAGGUAGUGAUAGGACCUGGGGGGAAUGGAACAAACCUAGAAAUGGGCAGAUUCAGACUGGAUGUUAGGAAGAAGUUCUUCACCAUGAGAGUGGUGAGAGUCUGGAAGGGGUUGCCCAGGGAGGUGGUUGAAGCCCAAUGCCUGGAGGUGUUUAAGGCCAGGUUGGAUGAGGCUCUGGCCAGCCUGAUGUAGUGUGAGGUGUCUCUGCCUAUGGCAGGGGAGGUUGUAACUAGAUGAUCCUUGUGGUCCUUUUCAACCCUGACUGAUUCUAUGAUUCUUUUCCUAGCUCACUUCCUCAGAUAGCCAACUACUGUUCUUGACAUAGAGCCAGAACUUUCUAUCUGGUAUCCUCCUUGCAGAAUGGUAUUGUCAGUUAUUUGUUUGGGUUUUUUGUCUCCCUGGUGGCUUGAUGUGCAUGUGUGUGCACACGUGGGGAAGAUGAGGAUAAGAAGGGGAGAGGACAGAGGAAGGAAGGUGUUUGGUGGGGUUUUGGGUUUUUUUUUUUGUUUUGGUUGUGGGGUUUGGUUGGUUUGGUUUGGGUUUUUUUGGUGUGUUAACCUGUGAAUCCAAACCCCGCAGAGCUCUGUACUGAGUUUGUAGGCCUGAUGCCAACAAAAGCAGGAGGGAAAGGGAAGGUAGUUUAGUAAGUUAUCUAUUAAAUAAUGCUUACUAACUCUUUUUUGUCUUGGGAACUUCCCAGCCCAGCCAUAUCAGCACUUCUACAACCUCACACCCUCUAGAGCUCUCCACCCCCAGAGCAGACCUCCCUUGCCACGUUCCAUGGCAGAGGUCAGCCAGGCAUGAGCUGAUAGCUCACAGUUUUCAGUGCAGACGUUUUCAGAAACCACCACAGGAGAUCUACCACAGGUGCUUGGCAGAUUUCAUUUGGUUUUACCUCACAUAACUUCAGGCACCUUGCAUGAGUUCUGGACCUCUUCUAAACUCAUUCCUCUGUCCGUGAAGUGCCUAAGCCAUACCGAACAGACUCCAGAGCAGGCACUCUCCUCUCUCUUAACCUCCCAUUUUCUUUCCCACUCUCAUCUGGCAACAUGGGACACAGACACCUCUGGCUCACCUAUGGAUGUGAGAAGCAUUGUCUCAGACAGUUUCCCACUCAACACUCAAGCAGGUGUUGAAGCACUUCAGACCAAAGAGAAGCAUGAUUCAUUGUUUGGAUUCUGAAUAUCUCUUUCCAUGUCACUGUUUCAUUUCAUCACCAGUCUGUUCUAUCUCAGGUAAAUCAGGUCUUUUGGGUUUUAAUCUAGUUUUUAUUCACACAGAAAGGUUGGUGGCUAGGCACUUCAGCCAUUUUUCUUCACAGCUUCGAGAACACAUUGGUUAGUAAAAAGGGCCUCUCCACCUCUGGAGGGUAAAAUGUGCCGUUGACCUUGUGAACUCACACGUAUAUUUAGAGAAAGCCAUAUUAAAUCAGACUGCAAUAUAAAUUAUGAAUGCUACUCUUCUGUUUGAGACAAGCAAAACAAAAUACAAGAUCAUGUGCCGAAUCACUUUGGAGUUCCUUUGUGUUUCUAGUCUCAUAUGCUGGUUUAAGUCUCCUCCCAUCCCAUCUGCUUCAUCCAGAAAGGCAAAUGUUGUUGAAUACAUGUUUUUGGCAAGCUUACUGUGCUAGAUUAAGCAUUGUCAGAAGUUAGGUGUUGUGAGCUCAGAUGUUAUGUCUUAUGUAUCUGCAAGUUAUCUGUAUCUGUUCUGGGUAUAUGUUGUCAAGAGAACUGUUUCUUCAUGCACUGAGUUAGUAAAGUAUUUUAGUACUGUGAUUAGAAAUUUGUUUUCUCUCCUUCUGUCACAUCCACACGGAACAAAAUUCAACAUAGCCAUGCAUUUUCUAGUAGGACUUCUCCCCAGCUUGCUUUCUGAUGCAUGCAGUACUCUCCAAACAGACAGAAAACUGUUCAAAGUAGAGAACUUUGUGAAUGUGAAUUCCAUUUGUUAUGUCCCUGCUGCUUCCUCUUGCAUGAUAUGGGGAAAUGAUACAAUGUUCUUUUAAAAUGAAAUCACAGCCAAUAAAACAGAACAAAACAGUGGUUUCAUAAA